AUGGCUACGGCCGAGGUUUUGGCGUUCCCAGGGACAAUUCUGGAAAGCGCAUGUGGUUGGAGAACAACGACCCAGCCCUCACCGACUGGCUGGGAUGAACAAGAUACAAGCAUCCGCCUGGGCAUGAUCGCCCGGGCGUGGUUGCAAGCUAGGCGCCAUGCUACGACUCGAUAUACCCUCCUCUGGAGGAACUCUCACUCAGCCCUCAACAACCCCUCAUCUCCCCUCACGGUGCCCGAAUGCGCCCCGCGAUGGUCUCGACGCUUCGCCCCUCUGCCCGAGCCCUCGGAUUCGACCGACAUGGUCAUGGACCCUACCGCUACUGACGCCUGCGCCAGCCAACAUUCUCCCACUUUGCUGUCAUCGUUCCCGCUGCCUCCAACAUCUACCCCGCAAGAGCGACGGAGGCGCAGUCGCGAUGCUUUCUUCGCCGACCCGACCCAGGAAUUUGAGGUUGACUUUUCUUCCGAGGACGGCUUCUGGCAAGCUGCAAAAAAGAAAAAGAGCGCUGCUGCCAAAGCUGCCGCCAACAAGCCUGUCGAGACCACCAACAACAACAAUGACGACGACGGCACCAAGAAGAACGACGAAGGCGGCAGCGGCGAUCAGGGUGGCGACGCUGGCAAGAAUGAUGGCAGUGCCGGUGGUGCUGGCGGGGACGGAGGUGAUGGAGGGGAUGGCGGCGCUGGUGGCGGCGGCGGCGAGCCUGACCCUGUUGACGACUGGGGCAGCUUCGCACCCGCCAAGAAGAAGAAGGGCAAGAAGGGCGCUGCGGGAGACCCUACCCCCGAGGAGCCGCCCGCCGAUUCUUUCCAGGAAAUCAAGCUAGACGAUCCAAACGUGGGCUCGGGCGGGCUCGACAUCAAUUUUGGCACCACAGACACCAAAACAUCAUCCUUUGGCACGUGGGGCACCAGUUGGACCACAGGAGGGGCAUGGGACUUUUCCAGCACCAACAAAGACGCCGCGCCUGCUGAGCCCAAGGAGGACGACAGUGCUUGGGGCAUCAAUCGUCCAAAGCCCAAGAAGAAGGGCAAGAUUGGCUUUGGGUUUGGUGAUGUCGAAGAAGUUGCCGAAGAACCCCCGGCGACAUCUCCCCCAGAGGAGAAGAAAGAAGAUAUUGGCUUUUCCUUUGGUACGGCUGCUUCUAAAAAGGAUAAGAAGAAGAAGAACAACCCAUGGGGGGAUCCGGAGCCCGAGCCCGAGCCGGAACCAGCUCCGAUACCACCUCCAGCUCCCGACCCAGAACCCGCUGUCGACGAUUGGAUGGCCACGACAACGACUUCCAAGAAGGACAAGAAGAAGAAAAAGAAGGGUGUGGCCGAGCCAGAACCGGAGCCGGAGCCACCUGCUCCAGAGCCAGUACCUGAUCCGCCGAAGGAAGAGGACGACAUCUGGGAUAGCUGGGGGACUGGGAAAAAGAAAACGAAGAAGAAGGAGGAACCGCCAAAAGAACCAGACCCACCGCCUGUACCGGAGCCCGAACCCGUGCAGGACGACGCCUGGGGCUGGGGAGCGACAAGCAAAAGUACCAAGAAGAAAAAGAAGGGCGCCGUUGCUGAGCCCGAGCCGGAACCGGUGCCGGAACCUGAGCCGGAACCCAAGGACAAGAAGAAGAAAAAGAAAGGCGCUGCUGCGGAGCCGGAACCGCCGCCUCCUGUGGUGCCUGAACCCGAACCGGAACCCGAACCUGUGCCAGAGCCGGUGCCGGAGCCAGAACCCCCCAAGGCCGACGAUGAUUUCAUGAGUGGCUGGGGCGCUACUGGCAAGAAGGACAAGAAAAAGAAAACGGCAUCGAUUUGGGACACCCCUGAGCCGAGCCUUCGCCCCGCCCCACCUGAACCAGCACCAGAGCGGAACCGGAGAGAAGGACGACCCUUGGGAACCUCCGCCCCCCGCCUCCCGCCUCCGCCUGAACCCGAGCCUGUUCCGGAACCCGAGCCGGAGCCUGUCAAGGAAGAUGCCUUUUGGGACGAUUUCGGUAGUAAGAAGGAGGACAAGGCGGAACCAGAACCCGAGGUCGACAUUUGGGGGACAGCUGUCGCUAAGAAGGAUAAGAAGAAGAAGAAGAAGGGGGCGGAUCCGGAACCUGAGCCAGAACCCGAACCCAUCCCGGAGCCGGAGCCGGAGCCUGCGCCAGCGGCCGCCGAACCUAGUUCUUGGGACAUUUGGGGUGCCGUUAGCUCUAAAAAGGACAAGGAUAAGAAGAAGAAAGGUAACGAAGCAACCCCCUCAGCCAACAACGCCACAAGCAAAGUCUUUGGAACCUCUGGAACCGACUGGAUGAGUGCAUUCGGCCAAAAAACUGACGCGAAGAAAGGUAAAGCAUCGGCCUUGGUUGAUUUUGGCCAGGACGAUGCGCCCGCGGCGGAAGAACCACCACCUGCAGCUCCGGAAGUAAGCGACCCCAUGGCCGAGGAUGACUUUAUCAGCUCCUUCGGAAAGAAGACCAAGAAGAAAGAGGCAACUACUGACAAAACCUGGAAGCCGGACGCCAUUGAGGAGCCUGUGGACAUAUGGGGCGCAGCCUCCUCGAAGAAGAAGAAGGACAAGAAGUCCAAGAACGUCCCGGUCGAAAUCGUAGAGGAAGAACCCGCACUGGAAACCGUGCAGCCGGAUUCUGUCGAAGAGACCAAGGACAGCAAAGCUGCUGACGAUCUGGACAUCUGGGGAACGUCUUCAAAGAAGAACCUGAAGCAGAACCUGAACCUGAACCGGAGAAGCCGAAGAAAGAGCCCCAAGCUAAGUGAGAAGGAGCUGAAGAAGCUCGAAAAGGAGAAGAAGAAGGCUGAGAAGGAAGAGGCUGCCCGCAAGGCCCAAGAGGAGAAGGAGGCGGAAGAGCAGGCGAAAAAGGAAGAGGAAGAGCGCAUCGCUCGUGAAGCGGAAGAAGCCGCAGCUGCCGAGGCCGCUGAGGCCGCUCGCCUUGAGCAGGAGGCGCUUGCUCUCGCCGAGGCAGAAGCGGAAAAAAUCCGCGCGGAGGAGAAGGAGCUCGAGGCUCUCAUCACGAAGAAGGCCAAGCGAGGGGGGCUGAAGAAGGCCGCGGCGCAAGCGGCCAAGGAAGAAGAGGAGCGACUUGCCCCCGAAGCGGAGGAGCAGGCUGAGCGGGAGCGUCAGGAGGCGGAAGCGGCUGAAGCUGCAGCAGCGGAGGCGGCGGCGGCAGAGGCGGCGGCGGCAGAGGAGGCGGCGGCGGCAGAAGCGGCGGCGGCGGCAGAAGCAGCAGCAGCCGCAGCCGCAGCUGAAUCUUCCAAGAAAAAAUCGAAGAAGAGCGCCAAGGCCGAGAAGGAGUCCAAGUCUAAGUCCAAAUCCAAGGCGAAGGAGCCUGAGCCCGAGCCCGAGCCAGCGCCCGAACCGGAGCCCGAACCGGUGCCCGAUGCAGGUGGGGCUGACCUGGACGACGCUAUGAAUGAGCUCAGUCCCGAGCAGAUCGAGGAACUGCUUGCUCCUGAGGCCGAGGAGGCGAAGCCGUCGAGCGACGCCUUCAGCUUCUGGGGCGCAAAGAAGCCUUCCAAAAAAGAAGCUGCCUCGAGCGACUGGAAGGACACCUUCUCAUCUUCGACCGCCGACAAUGUCAUGAAAUCGUCUUCCGCUCGCAAGGCUAGCAAACUCGCCGACCGGCUCAAAGCCUUUGAAGCGCCCGUCGAAGAACCUGAAGUCGAAGAAGCCCCACUCGCGCCCCCGCCACCUCCAGAGUCGACCAGGGAGGAGAAGAAGCGUUCCAAGCGGGACAAGGACAGAUCGCUCGUCGAGCCCGUUGAAGAAGCCAGUCAUCCCAGGAAGCACAAAUCUGAGCUUCCCGGGUCAUUUCCCGAAGAUGACGACGAGAUUGUAGGCAUUAUCGACAUGUCUCCGGGCAAGAAGAGCAGCAAGAAGAGUAAGAAGAGGUCCAAGGAGGAUGUCCCACCCGAAGCACCACCUCCGCCUCCCCCUCCACCUGCGGUUCCCGACGCGCCUCAACCUUUAACGCCACCGCCCGACGAUGCGAAGCCCCUCAAGAAGGAGCGCACCAAGAUCAACCGCGAGGGCUCUGCCUCCUGGGGUAUGUGGAACGCCGCUACGCCAGCUACACGUGACAAGGAAAGGGAGAAGGAGAAGAGACCGUCAAGAACCACGUCCGAGCGCAAGUCGAGAAGGUCGCCUACCGAAAAAGAAGAAAAGGGCUCCUCCAAGGGAUCAGCAUCAGACAAGGCCGAACGUUUAGACAGAGCGAGGGAGGCCCCAGGUCGGCCCAAGCUCAUGUCCAUGUUCAGCACCCCACCUGUCUCGCGAUCCACGUCGACCCGAGACAAGAGGCUCGGUGCCAGUGCAAGGCCUUCGCGACGCCAUUCCUACGAUGUCGGCGGCCUUGCCUCCCCUCCGCCGGAGGAAGCCCCUCCUCCGAUGGCAUCCAAAGCCGCCAAGAUCUUUGGCGUCGACAAGUCCGCGAGCAAACGUCGCAGGCGCGCUCCAGAGGACGACGAUAUUGUCAUGGUGGGCGCCAAUGGCGAAGAUGUCAGCCCCACCAAGGAGCAACGGCGGCGGCGGACCAAGGCUCCCAAGGACGAGGACAUUGUCAUGGUGGAUGGCGACGGUCCAGCGGAGCCCCCGCCAUUGUCACGCAGCAACUCGACGGCGAAGAAGGGCUUCGGCGCCAUGUUUAGUGGUUUCAUGACACCAAAGGCUGAGCGCCCUGACCCGCUGCAACGGCGGAACACGUACGCGACGACGGACGACGAGGCAAGACCGCAGCGCCGUCGCAAGGAUCGUGAGGCUGCUGCCGCUGCUGCCGCUGGAGAGGCCACGGAAGCUGAGGCAAGACGUGCUGCGCGCGAUGAGCGACGUCGCGCCCGGCCAGUCGAGGCAUCUGAAGACGAGGAGGCAAGAUUGCGACGACGUGAGGCGAGACGUGCUGCUCGCGCGGCUGAGGAAGACAAUGGCCAACAUCGGAGCAGCCGACGCCGCUCCACGCAUCCGUCAGAUACCGAAGGUGUCUACCCAAAGCAAAGAUCCCGUCGCAAGGGCGAGGCCAAGCCAGCGUGGCCCCAUUCCGGUACAUCUUCCUGGGUCAAGGAGCACUCAGAUGCGCCCCCGCCGCCGGAAACCGAAGACGAAGCCAGGCGCGAGAGGCGUGAGCGUCGUCGACGAGCCAAGACUGAGGAUGCCACGGCGGACGAGGGCGAUGAUCGUCGCCGCCGCGCUCGUCGGGAGGAGAGGGAGCGGCGCAAUGGCGCAGCACCGACGGGGGCGGGUGGCUCGGAAGGCAGCGAUGAGCGGCGGCGAUCUCUCUACGGGGGCGGCGGCGCGAGCGCAGCCGCCGAGCCGGCUCCACCUCGAAGCAGCUGGUGGAGAAAGAUCACGGGUUGA